AUGGGUUGUCGUCUGAGCUCUUAUGCUAAGCCUGAGACUGUGAAUGAGGCUGAUCAGGACAAUGCUAGUGGUGCCCAACAACAUCAAAAUAGUAGCGUUGAACAGGGUGAUUACGUGAGUUGUAAAAUUGCAAAGAAAUUUAGUUUACAUGUAGCGUAGGACCGGGUAAGAAAAUGUAAAGUAGGGUAGCACCAUGCCUAUAAAAUUUAUUGCGUUGACUUCUCUUUUUCGUUCAUCCUAAUAUAUUUGUAAUAUUUUACAGGUUGAUGGCGUUGACAUCUCACACGUCAGCAACAUUAGAGUAACCUUGUAUGGGAACUCGUCUGAAUUAAAUGUUUAUGCUUAUACAACCAGUAUUGAGGAUCCCACAAUUGUAUUUCGCGGUGCAUACCAUGUUAUUAUAGAAAAACUGAAAAUGUGCCUCAAGAGGAAACGUAAAUUUAUAUUCUACAUUUGGUUGUUUGAUGAAUGUGUAUGGUCUCCACCUUCAGUCAACGCCAUGGCCAACCUCUUUUUGAGUAAGCUAGCAACUUCUAAAUCUUAAAUUACUUUCAGUAGAAGCCUAGGAUGUGGUAGAGAUCUGCAGAACGGUAGGGGCCUAGGGUACGUCAGGGCCGGCAGUACGGAAUGGACUAGGUACUGAAGGCUUAUGGUUCGCUAAGCCCUAAGGUACGUUAGGUCCUAAAGUACAGCAGGGCUUAAGUACGAUUUAACUUACAGUGUUGUAGAGCUGUGAAAAUCAUAUAAGCUAUUUUUAUGUUUUCAGACACACUGCCGGCAAUAAAAGAUUUGGUCUUGUGUGGAUGUUUAACAAACAUGAACGUUCAAUUCAUCGACUUCUACAGGAAACUUCAUCCGAUAGUUGAGUGUUUACUCAUCAACAACCCGACUAUUGUAAGGUUUCUCAUUGAUCUGCAACUCAAAUCGUUGACCGUGGUAUCGAAUUUGGAUUUUAGUAAGUGUUUAUUUCUCUGGCUUACCUUAACCUAGUUAGCUUUAGUCUAUUCUAUCCGAACUAGCUUUAUCUGGAAUUUACUUAUGGUGCUUUACUCCACCUUUGUCUAUCUUAUCAUACUCUAUCCUACCAUACCUCACCUCAUUCUACUAAGAUCAAUAAAAUUUUCUUUUUCAGGUUGGUUGUCAUUAAAUCACAUUGAAGUGAAUGAGUUUUGCUUUUGGAGUUGUUCAAUGGCGGAGACGCUUUGUCAACAAGAUAUUGUAAUGCCAUCGGUUCGCUCUGUAAAUUUUUAUACCCAUCAUGAAGCUGUUGUUUCAAAGUUGAUUUUGGAAAACAUUCGCAACCUGUUUCCUUCUGUAGAACAGCUUUAUUUUCAAUUUGUGGUAUAUGUGCAGGAUAAUAAUGAAACAAGUAAGUUGUUGAUAAAGCUAGGAAAGGGCUUGGGUUAAUGAUGUGAAACUAAAAUAGACCGUGUGAGAGAGAUGAGCUUUUCUAUGAACGAGAAAGGAUACGGUAGCAAAGUUAAAAUAAUUUUAAAAAAACUCAAACGGAGCCUCUUGUGUUAGGUUAAAAAAGAUUUACCUCUGCCAAAGACGUUGCUACAGAUAUUUGCUUUACCAUGCCCUAAUACAUGUCUUUUUUAUCUUUAUGUGCUACUUUUGGUUAACUAAAAAAUAAAUUUGACCCUCAUUUAAAAAUAUUUUUUGUAAAUUUGUUUGUUUCAGUUAGAAGAUUCGAACUGUUCACCCACACCCGCACUUUGUUUGGCACAUUUGAGAGAAUGAUGAACUGGAACCAAGGAAAACUCAAUACAACCAUUGUCUACAAAGUCUUUUACAACGGCCAGGUAAACAAGGAGUUGGCAAGAAGAAUGACGGUAUAUAUUGGCUACAAAUGUAGCUACGAAAAUGCCUUUGUUCGUCUAGAAGCAUCAAUGUCUAACGUAAAUUUGAUAAUGGAAGUACACAAUAAAUAA